UUACAGUUUUCGAUUUAGGGUUUUAAAAUUUUCACUAUAUAAAAUCGGUUGGAGCUCUGGUAAGCGGCUGACUCAACCUGCGUAGCCUCUUCGACUUGUUGCAGCGCAGAUGGCGAACGUUCCGGGGCAGUUGGUGUGGGAAAUCGUUAAGAAAAACAGCUCUUUCCUCGUUAAAGAGUUUGGCAGAGGCAAUGCAGGUGUUCAAUUCAGCAAAGAGCCUAACAACCUCUACAGCCUCAACUCCUACAAGCAUUCCGGCUUAGCGAACCGUAAGACAGUGACCAUUCAGGCAGGGGGCAAGGAUUUGUCAAUGUUGAUAGCGACAACAAAGACGAAGAAGCAGAAUAAACCCGCGAGUUUGCUCCACAAAUCAAUUACAAGGAAGGAAUUUCCUCGCAUGCUUAAGACUGUGACUAAUCAGGUGGCUGACAAUUACUACCGCCCAGACUUGAAGAACGCUGCCCUUGCAAAGCUAAGCGCAGUUCAUAGGAGUCUUAAGGUUGCCAAGUCUGGUGUGAAGACGAGGAACAGGCAGGCCAUUAAGACACGCGGUAGGAAGUGAAUCAAUGGCUUAUAAGGGUUGUUUUCAUUCUUCCACUAUUACAACUUUUAUUUACUUUAAUUUUGAAUUCUUAUGUACCCUACUUGAAAUCUAUUUAGGAUCUUUGACCAUCCCAUUUCUAUUUUAGGUUAUAUUUGAUUUAUGUACU